ACAAUGGCGCAGGGUCGCAUUCUCGUGUAUGGUGGAAAAGGCGCUCUUGGAAAUGCCGUCGUUUCUUUUUUCAAGGCCAAGAGUUAUUGGGUUGGUUCCAUUGACUUAGCUGUAAAUGAACAAGCUGAUGCCAAUGUUUUGGUGAAACCAGACAGUACUCUGCCUGAUCAAGAAGCAGAAGUGACUACCAGAGUUAGUGAAUUACUUGGUGCAAAUAAACUGGAUGCUAUUUUUUGUGUUGCUGGUGGUUGGGCUGGAGGGAAUGCAAAGAAAAUUGUCGAGCCAGCAGAUGCCAUGUGGAAACAGUCAGUAUGGCCUUCCAUUAUCACAGCCAGCCUUGGAUCAAAGUACCUGAAAGAUGGAGGACUUAUUACCCUCCCUGGGGCUCAACCUGCUAUUAAUGGCACGCCUGGAAUGAUUGGUUAUGGGCUAGCAAAGGCAGCUGUACAUCAGCUGACAAAAAGUUUGGCAGGGGAAAACAGCGGUCUUCCAUCAAGUGCCACAGUUUUAGCAACUCUUCCGAUAACUUUGGACACUCCUAUGAAUAGAAAAUGGAUGUCAUCUGCUGAUUUUUCUACCUGGACAUCUCUUGAUUUUGUCUCUGAAUUGUUUUACAAAUGGCUCAACAAAGAGGAACUACCCCCAUCAGGGAGCCUGGUACAGUUAAUCACCAAAGAUAAUAAAACUGAACUGGUUCUGGCUUAAAACACCAGGAACUAAUUGUGUGGGGAGAAAACAUUCCAGGCAGUAAACUUGCUGGCGCCUUAGUCAACACAUACAAGCAAUAGUACAGAGUAGCAGAGCUGCAUCAUUGGAGGCUUUAGUGUUCAGAUUAGUCACUACAACUACAUAUUAGAAAUCUGCUGUGUUGAGUAGCACAUGGAGUAAUAAAUGGUGCAUGGUUUUCUUUAUCAUUGG